AUGACUGCGACUCGCCGUGUAAGCCAGUUCCCGCAUACGCUGUUAAGCCAAGAGCCCAAGCCCGCCCUUAAAUCUUCAAUCGGCGACACGGCCCCAAAGUCGAAAAAGACAGUGUCGUUCGACACCGGCGGAUCUCUGAACCCGUCGCGUAGACCGAGCAGGGUGACCAAGUCCAAGGGACCAAGGUUAACGAAAGAUGUGAAACGCCGUGAUGAAAACCCGUGGGAGGUAUACGUGUUCGUCGAUGAAAUAAUAAAAAAACACGAAACGGUGACCAAAGUCCGCAAGAUGGCGUCAGGCCAGAUGUUUUGCUUUCGCACGUUUCCUGUGGAUAAAAAUUUCGAGGUAAUUGAGCAGCAAUUCAAACUCUUAGAUCACCACAAUGUCCUCCCAGCGCAAGAAUUCUUUAGGCAAGGAGAUAGAGGUUUGAUUCGUUCUCCCGUUACGGACGUUUCGUUUGAACGAAUUGUCGUAUGCCGUCAAUAUCCCUCUUCCAGGGCAUUAGCAUCCAUGAUGGGCCAAGUGAUGGACGGCCUUGUAUACCUGGUAUCGAAUGGUAUCAUAUGCAAUUCUUUGUCGUUGGCGUUUGCAGACGCGGAGAUACAGAAAGAUAUUCGCGCUUCGACAACAAUUUUAAUCAGGCAGUUGGCCUUGAUCAUGGUGUUGUUGAUGCAAAAGUAUGAAAAUGGGCCCGGCGAGACGAGCAUACAAGACUCCGCUCGAUGGCCGCCACAAGAUGAAGCGUGCAAGUUUCUCCAGGAUCUUCAAAAUAACAAAGAUUUUCACCAGAUGCAUUACCAUUCGUUUAUUGAUCCAAAAAAGCGAGACGGUAAUGGGUUCAAGGAUCUGAUCGAAAAGACCUCGGACACCACAUUAGAAUCACAUGUCAGAUUGACAGAAGAAGAAACAUUUCAUUCUGUCUGA